AUGAAGGAACUGAACCGAAUACGACGGUCUAGCUUAGGAGGAUCUACUAGCAGUUUGACACGUCGGAGCAGUAUCUCACAGAAGGAUAUUCAACAGCUCCAGGAGACCCUUCAGAAACAACAAAAAGUGUCGGCUCAAGUUGUGCUAGCUCUGCUACUUUUUGUACCCCCUGCCACGUUCUUCAUCUUCUAUUCUAUCUCCAUGCAUACCGGAUUAUUUGUGCCGACCAUCACCGCGUUGUUCUUCCGUUUCCCGUUUGUUUUUCAGUGUAUACCGCCCGUUUGGGAUACGGUAGCAUGGAAGUUUAGUAUUGUUCAUUGUGCGAUUCAGCUGAUUUUCUAUUGGGUUCUACCACACGACCAGGCGCUGGUAAUGAGCUCGGCUGGGGAUCAAAUGAGAGAAAUCAACAGUUUCUUCUCGUGCAUUCUGACAUGCCUACUGUAUGUGCUGGGUGCCAGUGCAGGCAUUUAUCGAGGAGAUUUGAUUUAUAUACAUUUCAAUUCGAUUAUUCUAAUUUUUGCAAUCUUCGCAGUCACAAUAUGGGCGGCGCUUAUUGUUUCGUAUCACUUUGGGACAGGGAACAGUGUCACCACGAUCAGUGAAUUCUGGUUUGGCAUCGAAAACCAUCCAAAAGUUUUGGAUAUCGAUUUGAAAAGUUUCAUUCGAACGAGAUUCACAUUCGUCAUAUGGCCACUUUUCAUCAUUUCCGCACUGUUUUUUCAUAAAAUCACUUAUGGGAAAAUUUCGACCAGCCUAAUCUGUGCGUCUUCCGUCCAACUGCUCUACAUUUUCCAAUUUCACUGGAACGAAGACCUCUAUUUGAACUCCCUUGACUCUAAACGAUGCGACUGUGGAUUCUAUCGUCUUUGGGCGGAUUUCGUGUUGGGACCCAUCAUUUACACGUCACCGAUUACGGUACUAGCUGCGACGAAUCGAUCAGUUGGUCUGAUUUCAAAUGGAUUGUUUUGUUUGGCUGCAGUGGUUUCUAUCAUUUUUACGGCGAAAUGUGACCGACAGAAAUAUGAAUUUCGAAAAUCCAAAGGAGACUUGAAGAUGGGCGGUGUGGAUGCGUUUUUCAUCAGCGCCAAGUAUAGAACUGAUUCUGGAGAUCCAAAUGCUAACCUAUUGUUGGGCAGCGGUCACUGGGGAGUUUGUCGACAUCCCAACUAUACAUCUGAAGCUGUUUCUUUUCUUGCAUUCUCCGCUUUCCAAGGUUUCCCAUCUACCCUUUCUCACUUUCCUGCCUUAUUAGUCACUUUAUUUUUGAUAGCUAGAGCUUUCACUGAUGAGAAUCGAUGUCUCAUCAAGUACGGACAGUAUUGGGCGCAAUACUGUGCCAAAGUUAAAUACAGGUUUUUACCAGGCUUGUUUUGA